AUGGAGAUUGAGGAGUCCGUUUUAUCGAUUGCAGCAACAGCGAGGACCUUUUUAGAAUCAACCCGUCGAUGCACCGAACAAUCGCUCGGCCUGGCGCCUCGCGAGGUUAUGCUUCUCCAGGAUCAGCUCGGCCGCUUCUCGAUAUGGGCUUCAGAAACCGGUGUUUUCGCUCCGCGCAGGGCCUCUUUGGACCAUCGGCUUCGCUAUGCCCCCGAGAUUCGACGUUUGGUUCGUGGAUUACUUGAGACAUUGGACGAUCAUCUUCAGCGCUACUUGUUGCAGGGCAAAGGGAACCACGAUCUGUCGGCCAUUGCCAAAGACCUGACUCUGCUGCAUCGAUUGUCAAACACGAUUCGCAAGGCCAGCCGAGAAAGCCAGAAUCUGCGAGCGGCGGCGGAUUUUCGCAUCGAGGACGAUGAAGGCAAUGACGAGGGACCGGCCUGGCGUAUCAACUUUGCUGCAGAAAUCAUUCGACGGAAAUGGCCGCUGUGUGAUGAGUUUCUCAGGGAGAGAUUGGCAACAGCGAUGCUGCUGCGUAGAAAGCGUGUGCUAUAUCGACGGUUUCGCCAUGACAAGGUUGCGAAAAUGAGCCAGUCGGUCUUGGUGCAAGACAUGGAGGGCAAAGGCAAAAACAACAUCCAGGACAGAGAGAGGCCUGCUUUCAGUGCUUCAGGAUCGAGGGCCACCACCGCGGCAACUACUGUGACUCCUGAACAGUUCAGAAAAGCAUCAGCCCGAUCGGUCGUGGGAAUCGCUGGGACCACCCGCAUGAACACCCAGGAAAAAUCUCUAUAUCCCCCAGCGCCAAAAGAGCAGAUUGUUAAGCGCCUUGAAGAUCUAGAGCGGGCUCGAAUUUCAUCCAUUGAGGAUCAAGUUGAGCCCCCCAAGUGGUGGUCAGGAUCUUUCCAUCGAGCAUAA